CAGGUAAGUCGUUAUUGACGCCGUAAAUUUGUAAUUGUUUUCUUUUUCUUAUUUUCUUUUGCGUGUGAAGUUCACGCUGGUCCUUCAAUACCUAUUAUUUGUCCUUUCCAAAAGGAGCCCCCCAAACAUUUGAUCCUUGCGAGCCCAAUAAAUCGAAUCGUCCUUAAAAUUUACAGUCUAUUUAACUAUCCAAAAGUGUUUAAUCGCAACCUUGGUUUGAAGUCCAUAGCAAGACGCAGAUAUUUCUGUUAAAAAAAAAAAAAAAACAUUGUUUACCAUUUUUUAUAACAACGCUUGACCAAGUAGCAUUCCUAUGACACUGGUGUCGAUUUCCAUUUGUCCGAGUAAUGUGCGGUUGCAAUAACCGAUAACCGGUCAGUUUUUUAACCCAUUGUUGUGACAGGUGACAAGACAUAACGUCAAUGUUUUGUUAUUGUUUACCUAACCCAAUUUUUGAUUGUUACCUUUGUGAUUUUGCCCAAUAGAAAUUUGAACUUUAACUCUUUGAUUGAUAAAAGUUCAUUUUUACCGACCAAUAUACCCUUUUGUGAUUCAACGUUAUUCCGGCGUUGUUUAUACCAGUGAUUUAUCCACAAAUCUUCCGAUUUGUUUGGAUACCCCAUUCCAUUAACGUUUAUUGUGGAACGUUAAAUUAUUAGUGCUUCAUUCCUUUGUGAUAUUCGACGUUAUUCCGGCGUUGUCUAUACCAGUGUUAUAUACACAAACCUAACGAUUUGUCUGGAUACCAAUUUCCAUUAAUUCCAUAUUGUGGAGUUUUAUUUAGUAUUUACCAUUCUUAGUUACCAUUAUGUCUACAAAUCAGCCAGUAGCAGCUAAAUUAAUAAAGAAGCGUCAGUCCUAUAUUAAACGAUUAGAAGCCAUAUAUAAUUUGGCUGUUGAGUGUCAAAACCAUCCUUCCAAGUUGAAUUUACUGAGAGCCCGCGCUGAGGAUUUCCCUAGUAUUUGUUCUUCUUUUGAGACUUUGCAUUUAGACAUUUUAGCUUGCUCUGAUGAUGACAAACAGGAUGAGCAACAUUCUCUUGGAAAUACCUUUGAUGAAAUGAAAUAUGUUGUUCAUUCCUUGCUUCGAGAGUUACUCCCUCCAGUAGAUGUUGUACCAAAAAGUGGCUGCAAAAGCAACAACCACUCCUUUAGUGAAUUGCCAAGUGAUGAUCAUGAUCAUGAUCUUGACCUACCUAGAAUUAAAGUCCCUGUCUUUUCUGGGAACAGAAGAGACUGGCCUGCCUUUUAUGAUCUAUUUCGAACCCUUGUCCAUGAGAAAAGAUCCCUUUCUGAUAUACAAAGAUUCCAACAUCUCCAAAUGGCUGUUCAAGGCGAAGCAGCUGAGCUUAUUAGAAACAUUGCCUUAACUGAAGCUAAUUAUCCUGUGGCUUUUAAUGCUUUAAUUGAGCGUUUUGAGAAUAAGAGAGCCCUAGCAACUGACUAUUGGCUAGCUAUAUAUAAUGCACCUCCAGCCAAAACUCACUCUGCCGGUGAUCUGAGAAGACUUAUCACUACCUUUUCCCAAAAUAUGGAGGCUUUAAAUUCCUUGCAAGGAAUUGAUUUGUGGGAUUUUACCAAAUUAAAUUUGCUAUUGCAAAAAAUUGACCCUUCCUUAAAAACCCGAUUUGAAAUUGAAUGCAGUGAUAAACCCAUUCCCAGAUAUGGAGAUUUGACUAGAUUUUUAAACAAAACAUGUAAAGCCUUGGAAAAUAGUGUCCUUCUUAAUGAGCCCAAAGUAGUAUCUCAAUCCAAUUCGAAACAAAAGGAAUCUUAUGACCCUAAUAGAUCUAAAAGAGUGGUUCCAGCCAAAGCUUAUAUGACCAAUACCGAGCAGAAAUGUUUGUUCUGCAACCUGAGUUCACACCCCCUUGUAAAGUGUACCAAGUUUAUUGAAGCAGAGGUUUCAGCAAGAUAUUCCUUUGUUAAACAGCAGCAUAUGUGUUUCAAUUGUUUCUCCAGGACUCAUAGUGUUCCUAGAUGUCUUGGAACCAAGGUUUGUAAAAUUUGUUCCAAGAAACACCAUACUUUGCUGCACUUCCAACCUAUCAAUGAUGUUCCCAAUGUUAGUGAAGUCAAGGAACCCCCUACUGUUAAUGCCACUUCUGUAGUGCCUUGCUUGACAAGUGUGCUUUCCCAUGAAGAACCUACUUUGUUUGCUACAGCUGAAAUAUCAGUGUACAAUAUUUCUCAAGAUUUGUUUCCUUGUCGUGCUAUGCUUGACUGUGCUAGUGUGGCUAAUUUUGUGACCUUAUCUUGUGUACAGCAACUUGCUCUACCCAUUACACCUAGCCAAAUUCCUAUUCAAGGCAUAAACAAUAUGUCUACAGCUUCGUCAUUAGGUACAGUUAAGCUAAAGGUUUUGUCCACAACUGGCCCAUGUUUGGAAUUUGAAGCAAUUGUUGUGCAUUCCAUUUGUGAAAAUACCCCAACCUUUCCAAUUAAUCCCUCCAAGUGGAAACAUUUGAGAGGUCUUGAAUUAGCCGACAAGAAUUUUGCUGUACCCCAUGGUAUAGAUUUGCUCCUAGGUGUUCCUUUGUUUUCUGAGAUUAUUCUCCCAGGUUUUAGGAAAAGUAUCAAUGGUAGUCCAUGUGCUAUUAAAACCAUAUUUGGAUGGAUUUUAAUAGGUGGCAAUAAUACUCCCACUAAUGAAUUUGUGUCAUUGUGUACCUAUGUGCCAAGUACCAUCCCAGUUGAAAGUCCUCUUGAUAUCAAUUUGCAUAAAUUUUGGGAGCUUGAGGAUGUUCCAGAUAAGGUUCUCUUGAGUCCUGAGGAACAGAAAUGUGAAGAUUUCUUUGUUUCCACUUGUUCUCAAAAACCUGAUGGACGCUAUGUAGUGCGUCUUCCCUUUAAGCAACCAGACAUUGACUUGGGUGAUACCAAACAUCAAGCCUUGAGACGUUUCAAUUUGUUGGAGAACAGAUUGAUUAGAAAUCCAAGUCUUCGAAGCUUGUAUAACGAUUUUAUGCAAGAUUAUUUGGAUCAAAACCACAUGAUACCCUGUACUUCCGCUGACAAUCUUUCAUAUUAUUUUCCUCACCAUUGUGUUGUCAAAGAUGACAGUGGAACUACUAAAAUUAGAGUUGUAUUUGACGGAUCCUCAAAAGGCUCUAAUAACCUUAGCUUAAAUGAUGUUUUAUUGCCAGGUCCAAAACUCCAAAACGAUAUUGUUACCAUUUUGUUAACCUUUAGAUUUUUCCCCAUUGUGUUUAGCACCGAUAUUCGCCAAAUGUAUAGAAUGAUCGGCAUCCAUGAACAAGAUUUAAAAUACCAAAAGAUUUUAUGGAGGUUUGAUCCUUCAAACCCUAUUCAAGAAUAUACCUUGUGUACUGUCACUUAUGGUCUAAAUUGUAGUCCAUAUUUGGCAAUCCGAACCUUACACCAAUUAGCCAAGGAUUAUGGAAAAGAAUUCCCCCUUGCUCGUGACAUUCUUUUAAAGUCAACUUACGUGGAUGAUAUAAUUGGUCUUGGUCAUUCAGUUAAAGGAAUCUUAGAACUUCAGAAGCAAUUAACAGAUUUACUCUUUUGCGGUGGGUUUGAGCUUCGAAAGUGGACCUCUAAUUGUAAGGAGUUGUUAUCCCUAGUGCCUGAAUCACAUCAACACAAUAUCUCCUUUAAUGACAAUGCCAAUUGUACCUUAAAAAUUCUGGGGUUACAGUGGAACCCAGUGUUAGAUGUAUUUUCCUAUUCAGUAAAACCAAUCGCGCGUGAGUGCACCAAAAGAGUUAUCUUGUCCGAAAUAGCCAAGAUUUAUGAUCCAUUAGGGUUUGUAGCUCCAGUUGUAUUAGUUGCCAAGUGCCUUAUUCAGCGUCUUUGGAUUCAAGGCGUUGGAUGGGAUGAAGUUCCUACUUCAGAUGUCGUUAGCCAAUGGCAAGUGUAUGUCUCCCAACUUCCUUUAUUAUCCUCAUUUGCGAUUCCACGUCACGUAACUAUUUCUGAUGCUGUUUGCACUGAAUUACAUGGUUAUUGUGAUGCAUCUUUGUUAGCCUAUGGUGGUGUCUUAUACAUGAGACAAAUUGAUUCUGAAGGUAACGUACAUGUAAAUUUACUAUGCGCAAAAAGUAAGGUGUGUCCUUUAAAGGUUCUAUCCGUUCCCCGAUUGGAGACAUGUGCAGCCUUGCUUCUUUCCAAUUUGAUGCAUUUUGUGAUUACCAAUUCUCCCAUUAAAUUUGACAGAAUCUAUGCUUGGUCUGACUCCAGUGUAGCCUUGUAUUGGAUUAAAAGUCAUCCUUCCCGGCUUAAGACUUUUGUAGCCAAUCGUGUUCAGCAGAUCCAAGAUAGAAUUCCUCCCAAUAGGUGGUUUCACAUCAGUGGUGUAGGAAACCCUGCUGAUUGCCUUUCUCGUAGUUUGUUGCCCAAGCAAUUGCUUGACCAUCCGUUAUGGUUCAAUGGCCCCCCAUGGUUAAAGUUGUCUCACGAACUCUGGCCAACCCCUUUAGAGUUCGAUCCAACGGAUAAUCCGAUUGCGCUUCAAGAAGAACGCAAAGUUACUUGUAAUUUAACCAUACCAGAAAAUUCAUGUGUUGUAAUUAGGCUGCUUGAGCGGUUUUCUUCCUUAAAAACUGUUCAACACAUCGUAGCAUAUUGUAUACGGUUCCGGGAUAAAGGUCUAAAGAAAAGAUCACUUCCCUUAUCCCAAGGUUUAAGUGCUGAUGAGAUAUAUCAAGCUACUUGUAUCAUUGUUAAAUCUGUCCAAGACAAAGUCUUUGUUGAGGAAAUUAAAUGCCUAAAAACCAAUUUAGCUACCCCUAAACCCUUUAGAAAACUUGCCCCGUUUUUGGACUCCCAUGGAGUCGUCAGGGUGGGCGGACGUCUGCGCCAUUCUGAUUUACCAUUUGAUGCCAAGCAUCCUAUGCUUCUUCCCAGAGAUCAUCGAUUGACCUCGUUAAUUAUUGAAAUGUUUCAUAAAGAUCAUGGCCAUCCUGGUCCCCGUCUUUUACAAUAUCUUUUAAGACAGCAAUUUUGGAUCUUAUCUAUUGGUAGAGCCGUAAAUUCUGUCCUAUCCCAAUGUUUUAGAUGUCAUAGAGUGAAACCAAUUCCGUUUUCCCCCUUCAUGAGUGAUAUACCCAAAGUUCGUAUUUCCCAAGUUAAACCAUUUUCACAGUGUGGAGUGGAUUAUAUGGGCCCCAUACCACUUACCAUGUCUAGGCGUAGAGGUGUUCAAAGCCAAAAGGGCUAUAUAUGUCUGUUUGUGUGCAUGGUUACCAAAGCCCUACACCUUGAAGUAGCGUCCGAUUUGUCCUCUGAAUGCUUUUUAGCGGCAUUUAGACGCUUUGUUUCACGUCGUGGCAGAUGCUCUGAUAUGUACAGUGACCAAGGCACCAAUUUUGUAGGUGCUUCCCGAAUGCUUUUGUCCUAUCUGCAGGGUUCGGCAGAAACGUUGCAUAUUCAAUGGCACUUUAAUCCGCCUUCCGCACCACACUUCGGAGGCCUGUGGGAGGCAGGUGUUAAAUCGGUUAAAGCGCAUCUUGCGAGAGUGAUAGGUCAACAAGUAUUAUCCUUUGAGGAAAUGUCCACUGUUUUGGCGCAAUGUGAAGCCAUUUUGAAUUCCAGACCACUCUGUGAGAUGAGUUCCAACCCCAAUGAUUUAGAGUGUCUGACUCCUGGUCAUUUCCUGACCAUGGAAGCUCUUACCGCUCCUCCUGAUGAGGCACUAAUCGAUAUCCCUUUUCAUCGACUGAAACGUUGGCAAUUGAUUCAGCAAUUGCACCAAAGCUUCUGGAAACGUUGGUCUUUGGAAUACCUAAAUCGAUUGCAACAACGCAAUAAAUGGACUCUCCCUGACCGUUGUCCAAAAGUUGGCUCUCUUGUCGUAAUCAAAGACAAUAACCAACCCCCUCUUAAUUGGCUUAUUGGUAGGCUGGAAAGGAUUUACUCCAGUCCCGAUAACGUUCCCAGAGUUGUGCAAAUUCGUACAACGAAAGGACUAUUGGACCGACCUCUAAUAAAGGAGUUUUGCUAUGGAAAUCCUUAUCAGGUGUGAUUACACACUUGACCUUUUAAGUUGCCUAAGAGAAAAAAUUGUAUUUUUUGGUGGGCGGAAUGUUUGGAAUUGGCAAAUUUAAAGGGUAUUUGAAUGCACCGCCAAUUUUGUUAGAAGUAUUGAUUAUUUUAAUUGACCAAUAACAAUCCAUAUCCGCGUGCAUGCGUCAAUGAUGGCUUGGACAGGUGCACGCUUCCUCCCGCGAGAGACGGGCUUUUUGAUCGGUACCAUCGUACGAUACGCAUCGAAACAUAGAAUAGCGUGUGUGUUGAGAAAACUGGCCGGCCAACCAUCUAAUCUACAGUUCUACAUAUACCAAUUCAUCGAGUGUCAGGUAAGUCGUUAUUGACGCCGUAAAUUUGUAAUUGUUUUCUUUUUCUUAUUUUCUUUUGCGUGUGAAGUUCACGCUGGUCCUUCAAUACCUAUUAUUUGUCCUUUCCAAAAGGAGCCCCCCAAACAACAUCAUUAACUGUAUUGUCCUUGGAUAGCCCGGAGAGGAAGAUCCAGGAACGGUUGUCUGCCGUGAUUACUCUUCUUACUUGGAU